AUGUCAACAAAUAGCCAAUCAGAAGGCAUUGAAAACCAAAACCCAAGUCAAAGCCCGCCCUGGAAUCCAACACCUCCGAAUUCACACAACAAGGACGGCGAGAUCGUCGACGACGACGACGAUUACGUCGAUAUCAGCGACGAGGACACUGAGAUGCGAGACGCCGACACCAACCAAUCAAGACGACCUGGAGGAAGCACAAAAGACGAUCUAGAUCUCCACCGCCUCUCCGCAAACUCUGCCGACCACGAUCUUGACGACAGUUCUGACGAGGAACACGAAUCCAUGGCAAAUCAUCCGUUGCUGAGUAUGUUGACUGGGAGGAUGGGACAGCGUAGACGCGGUAGUACGCAUAAGUGGGAUUCGUUGCAUCCUGUCACGGGAGUGUUGAGUGUUGGGAAUGUGGACGAUUGUACUAGGUUGGAGGAUCAGGUGUUUCCUGAGGAGGAGCGCUGCUCGCGUGAGAAGUUCGAAUACCGCCUCGCAAGAUGUCCAGAACUCAGUCUAGGUCUCUUCUCCCGCCCGACAGAAAGCGAAGCACCUGGCACAGCCGGCGACGCGAAGCGCCGACUCAUCGCGCACGUUGUCGCUACACGAAGCCCAAGUCCGAGCGUGACCGACGCCAGUAUGGCGCUGCCGGCCGACUGGAAGCACCGCAGAUCAUCACUACCCGCCCCAGGACAAUCGGACUCGGAGCCACAGGGUCACCAAGAGCAAGGAGGCACCAUUUGUGUCCACUCGUUGGCGGUUGCGAAAGAGCAUCAGGGCAUGGGUCUGGGCACGGUGCUGAUGAAGUCGUAUAUUCAGCGGAUCAAGGACUCGAAGUGUGCUGAGCGAAUGGCUCUUCUUGCGCAUGAUCACCUCGUUAGCUUCUACACGAGUCUGGGGUUUCAGGACAUGGGGCCGAGCGCUGCGACUUUUGGUGGGGGAAAUUGGAAUAAUAUGAUCAUGGAGUUCACGAACGAAGACGAGGACUAG